GUUCUGGUAAUCACAUAUAUAUUAAUUCUAAUAUGUUUUGUAAUAUCUAGGUUUAAAUAAUAGAUUUUGAUUUACAUGUGAAUUAUUAUUUUUUAUAAAAAUAAAUGUUAAAAAUGGGACAAUUUUUUCCCCAAACGUGUAAGUAAAAAGAAAAGUGUUUUUUUUACAGAAUUUGAUGUCCUAAAUACAAAAAAAGUUCAGUUUGUGGACGUUGAAAAUUGCCGUGAAAAUUGAACAAGAAUAUAAUAAAUUGUAGAAAUUUGAAUGAUGUAUUGAGCCAUUACAAAACCCAUCCGUAUGAGUUUUUUUGAAAGGUUAAAAAGAAAAUGUUAAAAGGAGGUAUGUUUUGUGUGUUUGUAAAGGAAAAUGUAAGCAAUUAAGUGUGGGGACGGAGGUACUUGCAAAAAUCUGCAAAUAACUUGAAGAAUAAGAACUCUGAUUUGUGUAUAUAAGAUAAGUUAUUUUCUUUUAAUCUUAUUUUUUAUUUUCUACUUAAUUAAAGUGUGAAAAGAAGAGAAAAAUAAAACGUACCAAAAAAAUAAAAAUAUAUAAAAAUAAAAAUACAAUAAACUGAAAAACAAAAAAAUGGAACCAAUAUCUUGUCGCAUCCUCCUUCCGGAUUCGGCACAGAACGAUAUUAAAAAAAGCGAAAGAAAAAAGAAGAUAAUUUUGGGAAGAUGAAGUGGACAAAGCAUACUCACAUACGGUUUACAAAAUCAUAGCAAGUGUACAAAAUAACAUAAGUUAUGUUAAAUAAAUCAAAAAAUCUACCCAGACAACACACAUGUCUAAAAAAACAUCGAAAACACGUCUGAAAAGAGACGUUUUUAAGACAUUGCCAAAAGAACGUCUUUAUGAUGACUUUUAGUAAAAUCUAAUAGACAUCCUUUUUUAAGACCCUGAGAUAAUAAAUUAAUUUUUUGACAGCUGUCAAUAUGACAUAUACGUACUGCGUAACGUGUAAUUACAUACUUACACUUAUAUACACAAUCAGAAGUUUAAUUGCUUACAUUUUCACUUACAAACGCACACAAAAUAUACCUUCUUCUACCUUCCUUUUCUUCAACCUUAAAAAAAAAACUCAUAUUGGUUUUGUAAUGGCUCAAAACAUCAUCCUUUCUACAAUUUACCACAUUCUUCUUCUUGUUCAAUUUUCACGGUGUUCCCCAACGCUCACAAACUUCACAAUAUUUUUUUCGUAUUUAAAAGAUCAGAAUUUAUAAAAAAAAAAACAUUAUUCGUUUUAUUUACACGAUCGAGGGUCAAAUCGGCCCAUUUUUAACAUCUUCCUUUCUGUUAAUUAUGUUCAGUUAAAAAUCCAAAGAUACAGCAAGUGCAAAGUGUGGAAAAGAUAGCUGUUGCAGGCCACGGACUUCCAACCUUUAAUGCAUCCCUGCUUCAUCUUUUGCCGAAUUCUUGGACCACUUCUAUACAAACUCAACGCUUCGACUUUCGAGAUUUUUAAACCGCGCUAUGUCUUGUCAUCCAUUGUUAUCUGCAUUUGUUGCAUUUUUAACGAAAUAAUCAUUCACAAUUUAACUUAUAAAAUCAACUUGGGAAGCUUCACUAGGAACUCUUGAAAAAUCUGUGUUAAGCAAUUUUAUAUUGAUACCGCGGCGCGCAUGCGCAUUUGCUACAAACUUCUUUAAUGAUUUUUUCAAAAUUACCCCCGAUAUCAAAACAUAUCCAAAUUGACCCACAUGAAAAACAUUUUAGGUAUCAUUAUCCUCUUUGGAAUAUGUAUAUAUUUUUCUAAAAAAUAUGUAUUUGAUUAUUUGAUUUGCUUCAUCAUAGUGUCCAGUGUAUUAUACAGCGUUUUGCUAAUGUUUCAAAUAAAUAUACUGUAUGUAAAUUGUAUUUAUGUAUUAAAAACCUGUUUCAAGAAUAUCAAUUAUAAUCUAGGGUACAUGCAAAAGCUCUUAAUAAAUAAUACAAAACCACGUUUCUAAGUUUAUCCCUAACGUACAGAAAAAUCAAUUUGUUUCUAACAAAAUUCAAAACUGAGGGAAUAGCAUUUAAUGAUUAGUGACAGUACAAAUGCUAAACGUAAUCUUUAAUUUGCAAAUUCUUGCUACUAAUAAUCUUUUUUAACAUCACAUUUGCACUGUACUUCUAUUUGUAUGUUGGCAAAAUAAGAUAUACAUUGUUUUCUAUAAAAAUCUUUUUGAAGUACUUUUUAUAAUUAUGAUAUAUCACGUUUUAUUGAUAGCAUUACUGGUGUAGGUCUGUGAAACUGAUAAAAAUCAAGCUCAAGAAAUCUAUACCACCAUUUAUGAUUUACUCAAUAAUACUAGAGAUAAAAAAUCAAAGAUGAGAUAUAGUUAUACGUGUAAUUUAUAUAUUUUUUUAAAUAUAUAGCGUGUAUUAGGUGUAUUAGCACAAAUUUUUAAACCUACUGAGUGCACUUUUCAAUUUUAUGUUUUCGUAAUGCACAAUACUUUGUGUUACACAUUAAAAAUGUACAAUACUGAAUUAGAAAGUUGUUAAUUAAUCUUUAAGAAUCACUAAUCUAUAUAAAAUAUGUGCCCGCAAUUUUGGCUAAUUUAAUAUAUUGUUAGUACAUGAGGUGAUUAUACAUUAUUACAUUGAACACUGUUUCAUAGAUGACAGAUCGAAGAACGUCAUGGUUACGUUACGACUAACAUAUGAUCGAGUAAUGUUAUACUCGUUGCAGUAAUUGCUUUCAGUAUUAAACAGGAACUUGUCAGGUGUGGAUAAAAAGAAAAAUUGUUUCAAUUAACGCGUUUGACAGUGAAAAAAAAGCCUAAACUUAAAAAUCUUUCGUAAUCAUACUAAUAUUAAUCCAAAGGGUACAUUGAUGACAUUAAUAAUUCUAAAAAUAAUAGAUAUAUAAUUUAAAUAAUUCUUCGUCCAUAAAUAAUAUUUGAUUAAUCGCAUUCAGAACGCUAUAAAAAUUUCAAAAAACUAAAAGCAAAAUGGGAAAAAAAUGGCUCUUCCACGCUACGGAUUUUCAAACAUUGAUGUACCCUUGCUUUACCAUAUGCCGCGUUCUUGGAGCAUUUCCAUAUAAGAUUAAUAAUUCAAUCUUCGCGGUUUCAAAACUAUAUUAUGUUAUAUCAGUUGCAAUUAUCAGUACUUUAUGUGUUGUUGAACUAGUAAACCUCUACGAAUUCAACGUUUUUACAAAGAUCAAGAUUGAGAUCGUAACUUCGUCUUUAGAGAAUAACUGCUUUAUUAUAUUAACUAAUUCUAUGAUAAUCGUCACGUUCAUCUUCAGCAGUCCUCGAAUGCGCUUACUUCAGACUAUAAUGAAAAUUUCCGUAAAAAUAUCUCCGCAAUCGUACCAGGAACUAUCCAGACUAAUUCAUACUAAAGACAUUUUUGGUUUCCUAUAUCUUACAAGCAUAAUUUUUACAUAUAUUUACGUGCAGAAACUCCAAAUGUUGCGCAUUAUAUUUGCAGCACAUAAAAUUCUAUUCGUCUUUCAGAUCGACAUGUUGUACGUAAAUUGCGUUUGUAUAUUAAAAGCUUGUUUUAAGGAAAUUGACAUCAAUCUUUUAUGUAUAAAGAAACUCAUAGUAAACAAUAAACUACAUGUCCCUAAAACAAUUUACUACAAACAGAAAAAUCCCUUCCUGAUAAUAAAGCUUAAAACUAUGAAAGAGCAACAUCUGAUAAUUAGCAAAACAGUAAAAAUGCUAAAUGUAAUCUUCAGUCUGCAUCUUCUUCUUACAAUAACCUACACUUUUAUUACAAUUAUUUUUGGACUGCAUUUCCAUCUAUUGCGAUGGCAUGAUGGAUUGGUCAUUAAUAAAGACGGUAAUUUUAUACUUUUUACAUACAUUGUGUAUCAGAUUAUAAAAAUGACACUAUUUGUGUGGAUCUGCGAGACUGGCAAGAAUCAGGCUCAAAAUAUCGGCACUACGAUUCAUGACGUACUUAACAAUACCAAAGAUGAACAAAUCAAAGAUGAGUUGCAGUUCUUUUCUUUGCAAAUAUUACAUCUCGAUAAUACUUUUUCGGCCAAAGGUUUUAAUGUGAACGCAGCGUUUUUCGCUAAAGUGAGUAAUUUGCUUGCUUUAAUUAAUAAAAUGCAUCUUGUUAAUUUUUUUAUCGUACUUUCAGAUGAUAGGUACCAUAACAACAUAUAUGUUCAUUUUACUACAAUUUUUUAUCAUAUCACAUUCUUGCGAUGGAAAGUCGAAAAUCAAUAUCACACAAAUAACGUAAUUCCAUAAAAGAAGAAGAUAAUAAAAAAGAAAUUACUUUCUUAUGUAUGUAAGCAGUUCUUUACAUAUGUAUGUUUUAUGUAUGUAUGUAAUUUAUUGUGCAUGCUGUAACACUAACAUAUAUGUAUAUAAGUUAAAUUUUAACAGUAAAUUUUCAAGAAAAAUAAG